AAUAUAUAAUUUCUUCUUUAUAAUCUUUAAAUAAAACUUAUAAAAACACUGCUUAAAUUUUAAACAACAUUUAACAAAAAAAUAAAAAUCAUCAAAGGUGCGCAGGUUAAAACCCUUGACGCCCACCGCUCAUUUUAGCAAUUCAUUACCCAGGCAAGAACUCACACCUCAGUCCAUUUCCCAAUCACAUACUUUGUGAGAUCUCUCUACAUCUAUACACAAACACGAACUUUCUCUCUCUGAAGAAUAUCAAAUUUAAUUCUUUUUAUUUUCAAAAUUUUCUCUCUAAAGAAAAAUCUCGAAAAAACCCUAGGGCUUCGAGUUUCAAACAACUGGAUCCAUUAAUGGCAGAGGAACCAGCAUCGCCGUCACAUGCGGCGGUGGCGGCUUCACAGUCACAGGCUGCGCCGCUAGGUUCAUCAGUGAUUCCCAUAGUGAACAAACUACAAGAUAUAUUCGCACAGCUGGGAAGCCAGUCGACGAUCGAGCUGCCGCAAGUGGCGGUGGUCGGAAGUCAGAGCAGCGGGAAAUCAAGCGUGCUGGAAUCUCUGGUCGGGAGAGAUUUCUUGCCGCGUGGCAACGAUAUUUGUACGCGACGACCGCUUGUUUUGCAGCUAUUGCAAACUAAGAGAAAAGCUGAUGGUAGUGAAGAAGAGUGGGGAGAGUUCUUGCAUCUUCCUGGAAAACGGUUUUUUGAUUUCUCUGAUAUCCGUAGAGAAAUUCAAGCUGAGACUGCUAAAGAAGCUGGGGACAACAAAGGUGUCUCAGACAAGCAGAUUCGUCUGAAGAUUUUUUCACCAAAUGUCCUUGAUAUCACACUUGUUGAUUUACCUGGGAUAACGAAGGUUCCUGUGGGCGAUCAACCUUCUGAUAUUGAAGCACGAAUUAGAACCAUGAUCAUGUCAUACAUUAAGAAACCAAGCUGUCUGAUUCUUGCUGUUACACCAGCAAAUUCAGAUUUAGCAAACUCAGAUGCUCUUCAGAUUGCAGGAAAUGCUGAUCCUGAUGGUUAUAGAACCAUCGGUGUAAUUACCAAGUUGGAUAUUAUGGAUAGAGGUACUGAUGCUCGUAAUCUGUUGCUUGGAAAAGUGAUUCCUCUUCGACUUGGCUACGUUGCUGUUGUGAACCGCAGUCAAGAGGAUAUUAUACUCAACCGGAGUAUCAAGGAUGCACUUAUAGCAGAGGAGAAGUUCUUUCGCAGUUGUCCGGUCUAUAAUGGUCUAGCUGAUCGGUGUGGUGUUCCUCAGUUGGCCAAGAAAUUGAACCAGAUUCUGGUUCAACAUAUUAAAGCCAUACUACCAGGGCUGAAGUCACGCAUAAGUUCUGCACUGUGUUCCUUGGCAAAGGAACAUGCAAGUUAUGGAGAAAUCACCGAAUCCAAGGCUGGUCAGGGAGCGCUUCUCCUAAACAUUCUUUCAAAAUACUCGGAGGCAUUUUCCUCAAUGGUAGAGGGCAAAAAUGAAGAGAUGUCGACAUCUGAGCUGUCUGGUGGAGCACGUAUUCACUACAUAUUUCAAUCUAUUUUUGUGAAGAGCUUAGAGGAGGUUGAUCCAUGUGAGGACUUGACUGAUGAUGACAUUCGAACUGCCAUUCAGAAUGCUACUGGUCCUAAAUCUGCACUAUUUGUACCGGAAGUGCCAUUUGAAGUUCUUAUUCGAAGGCAAAUAGCCCGUUUGUUAGAUCCAAGUCUCCAGUGUGCUAGGUUUAUAUAUGAUGAAUUAAUAAAAAUUAGCCACCGCUGCCUAGUCAAUGAACUGCAAAGAUUUCCUGUGCUAAGAAAGCGUAUGGAUGAAGUUAUUGGAAACUUCUUGCGAGAUGGUCUUGAACCAUCAGAGACAAUGAUUGGCCACAUUAUCGAAAUGGAGAUGGACUACAUAAACACCUCACAUCCAAAUUUUAUUGGUGGGAGUAAGGCUGUGGAGACUGCCCUGCAACAGAUAAAGUCCGCUAGGGCUGUUUCUCUACCUAUGCGGCAGAAGGAUGGUAUAGAGCUUGAUAAGGCACCGGCAUCAGAGAGGAGCGUCAAGUCCCGGGCUAUUCUUGCCAGACAAGUAAAUGGAGUGAUGACUGACCAGGGAGUUCGUCCUGUGGCAGAAGUAGAAAAAGUUGCACCCCCGCCAGGGAGUGCAGGUGUUUCAAGUUGGGGUAUUUCAUCAAUUUUUGGGGGGAGUGAUAAUUCCCGUGUGUCUGCUAAAGAGACUGCAAUAACCAAGUCACAUAUUGAACCUGUUCACAACAUGGAUGCUUUAGAGCAAAGCAUGUCUAUGAUCUAUUUGAGAGAGCCUCCAACUAUCUUGAGGCCCUCAGAAAGUCAUUCAGAGCAAGAGUCUAUUGAAAUUGCAGUCACUAAAUUGCUCUUGAGAUCAUAUUACGACAUUGUUCGGAAGAAUAUCGAGGACUCUAUACCAAAAGCGAUUAUGCACUUUCUGGUGAACCACACAAAGCGUGAACUGCACAAUGUCUUCAUUAAAAAGCUUUACAGAGAGAACCUGUUUGAAGAAAUGCUGCAGGAACCUGAGGAAAUUGCCAUGAAAAGAAAGCGGACCCGAGAAACACUCCGAAUUCUUCAACAGGCUUAUAAGACAUUGGAUGAAUUGCCAUUAGAGGCUGAAACAGUUGAAAGGGGGUACAGUUUGGGUGCUGAUCCAACAGGAUUACCAAAGAUCCACGGACUUCCAACAUCUUCAUUAUAUUCUACCAGUAGUGGUUCCAGUGACUACUCAGCUUCUCCUAAGAAUCCAAAGUCUCGCAAGUCAUCUCACUCAGGGGAGCUACAAUCUCAUUUUUAUGUUAACGCAGAUUCUAAUGGAGGUUCGCGGCCUUACAUGCCAGGUCUCUAUCCAACUGUUGAUCUGUAAGCCGUUUAAGUAUGCACAUUGGUCGAGCUUUUCCUUAAAUGUUGGAAUGUAUUGUAUUCAUUUGAUGGCCAAGUCCCUCUUCUUAGAACUUAGAAGGUUGUUGAAAUUUCAACUCCCGGAGUUGGCCCAGCGAUUGACAUGUGCGAGUCGGAAGUUGUGCAUUACCUUCCAUAUGUCUUGAGUAUGAUAUAGUAUAGGAUUAAAGUUUCAUUGUUUUACAAGGCUUCGGCAAGAAUAACAGGGAGCCAAUAAUCCACUUCUUUUUGCCCCCAUUGGAAACAGCAAGAGCUCUACAUGUAUUUUUGAUCAAGUUAUCUUUUGAAAUUCGUUCGCCAUGGUGUUUCCUGAUUCCAAUUUAUUUAUCAUGUUCACUAUCAUCUAAUAGAACAUCAACAGAGUGCUUAUAGUAUAUUUUACUGAAAUUAGUUGCUGUCAGUGUAGUGUAUAAACGGCAUUCACACUUGAGAUGUUUACAUUCUCGAGUUUUUAAACAUGUUGAAAUUUAUUUGAGUUCAUGUUAAUAUUUAGAACUAUGAAUUUCUUCUUUUUU